CUAACCCAGAGAACACAAAUGCGCUAACAGUGCCUGAGAGAGGCCAAAGAACACUGAUGAACAUAGAGAAGCUAAAGCAGCUAGAAUCGAGGGAGAGGAAAGAGGAGGUGAACAGGAAGAUAGCGUCGAAGAAAGCAAUCUCUGUGAUACUAAGGAGAGAGGCCACCAAGGCCCUUAUUGAGAAGAAGAAGGGCACCAACUCUAAGAGGUUGCUUCCAAGGACUGUGCUCGAAGCCCUUUACGAGAGGAUCACCGCUUUGCGUUGGGAGUCUGCUCUCAAGGUUUUUGAAUUACUACGUGAGCAGCUCUGGUACAGGCCCAACUCUGGAGUGUACAUCAAGUUGAUUGUGAUGCUUGGAAAAUGUAAGCAACCUGACAAAGCUCGUGAACUCUUCCAAGCCAUGAUUGAUGAAGGGUGUGUCGUGAACCAUGAAUCCUACACUGCUCUGUUAUCUGCCUACAGCAGGAGUGGUCUCUUUGACCAAGCAUUUUCCCUCCUCGAGCAUAUGAAGAAUACUCCUGAUUGUCACCCUGAUGUGCAGACUUACUCGAUCCUCAUAAAAUCAUGUCUACAGGAUUUUGCUUUUGACAAAGUGCAGGCCCUGCUUUCUGACAUGGUAGCUCAUGGAAUCAGACCAAACACUGUCACAUACAAUACCCUCAUUGAUGCCUAUGGGAAGGCCAGAAAGUUCGCUGAAAUGGAAUCAGUACUUGUGGAAAUGCUCCGUGAGCGGGAUUCCGAACCUGAUGCUUGGACCAUGAACUCCACAAUCAGAGCCUUUGGCAGCAAUGGGCAGAUAGAAACAAUGGAAACGUGUUAUGAGAAAUUUCAGAGUGCUGGGGUCCAACCAAACAUUCAGACCUUCAACAUUCUCCUAGAUUCCUAUGGAAAAGCUGGAGAUUAUGAGAAAAUGGGGGCUGUGAUGGAAUACAUGCAGAAGUACCAUUACUCUUGGACCAUUGUUACCUACAAUGUGGUGAUAGACGCAUUCGGGAAGGCUGGGGAUUUAAAACAGAUGGAGUUUUUGUUCAGGCUAAUGCGGUCAGAGAGGAUCAAGCCAAGCUGUGUGACACUCUGCUCGCUUGUAAGGGCUUAUGGGCUAGCAGGUAAACCUGAAAAGAUCGGUGGUGUUUUGCGUUUUAUUGAGAAUUCGGAUGUUGCACUGGAUGUUGUGUUUUUCAAUUGCUUGGUGGAUGCAUAUGGGAGGAUGGGAUGCUUUGCAGAGAUGAAGGGAGUUCUUGAGAUGAUGGAGGAGAAAGGAUGUAAGCCUGAUAAGAUUACAUAUAGAACCAUGAUUAAAGCUUAUUCAGUCAAUGGGAUGACUAGCCAUGUGAAGGAGCUCCAAAAUCUUAUUAGAUCUACUGAAUGGACUCGACUGGAGAUGGUGAAGCCUGACUUUCAAUGAGGAAACUUUACAGGUCAUUUCUCCCCAAGUUAUAUGUACAUAAUUUUUUGUCUAAUAGUAAUUCUUAUUUACUAAUGUGUAUAGUUGGAAAAUAUUUUACAUGCCUAAAAACUGAAUUUUCCUAUCCAGUAAUUCUUUUGGUCA